UGACUGUGUCGCAGUAGCGGAUUGUGUUAUCUGAGCUGCAGACAGACAGACGGGCGUCUGACAAAACUCCCGUGAUGUGGUCACAGACAGACACGCGUCAGCUCGUACGUCCCUCACGACACGCGGAUCUUCGGUCUUGCAUCUUCUCCGUGACAGUCUGCUCUGCCGGUGUGAGGACGCGCCUUCGGCUCGAGAACGGAGCAGCUCCACAAAAGCGCCGAGUGUUUGUGUAGAUACAGCGCACGCGACGCGCGGAUCAUGAGCGACGCGUCUGUGAAAUGAUCGGUGAGACGUUCAGUUUUUGUUUCGAACAGGGAUAUAAUAUAACCUGUCGUGUUUCUUUAUUUCAGGGUUCUGAGCGAAGAGCUGUCAAGUUCUGAGCCUACAGUCAUCUGAAUUGCCAGUGUUGAAGAAUAUGCAUCAUUAAAUGCAAAGUAAAUCGCCUCUGGGCAGUGCCACAUGCAGAAUGAUGUGUUUGCUUCAUCCAGUCAUGCGCCAAUGGAAAUGAAAGACUUUAUUAUGUCACCUGACUUAUUUAUGGACCCAUUCCACCUCAUGCUCUGGAGACUUUGACCCUAAAAGUGCCAGAGAAAGCUGCCUUUUUGGGGUGUCCACUUUUCUUUCCCCAAUUUAUUUAUUUUCUUCAUAAAAACAAACCACUUUUUCAUUUUGUAAAAAUGGGCCCUUUUAUGUCUCCUUUCAAUAAUCUGCUGUGCAUGCUGUUGGGCAUCUCUUUCACUGUCUGGUUCACACUGCUCUUGGUCUUCAUCAUCGUUCCUGCCAUUUUCGGUCUGUCCUUCGGUAUCCGCGGCCUCUACAUGAAGACGCUGCUCAAGGUGUUUAAGUGGGCCACAGUGAGGAUGGAAAGAGGAGCCAAGGAGAAGAACCAUCUACUGUACAAGCCUUACAGUCUUAAUGGCAUUAUUGCUAAAGAACCUACAUCGCUGGAAGAGGAGCUCAAAGAGAUUCGGCGAAACGGCAGCAGCCGAGAUUUGGAUGGCUCCGCCUCCUCCACCACCACAGGCCCCUCCCCUUCCACAUCAGAGUUUGAAAUGUCAGACACCUUCUACUUCUGCCGCCGUGGGAUUGAAAGCAUCGUAGACGACGAGGUUACCAAACGUUUCACGGCAGAGGAGCUUGAGUCGUGGAACUUGCUGACCAGGAGCAACUAUAACUUCCAGCACAUUAGCACCAGACUGACGGUGCUGUGGGGUCUCGGCGUUGUCAUCCGUUAUGGGUUCCUGCUGCCGCUCAGGUUAACAUUAGCAAUCACAGGAGUGAGCCUAUUGGUUGUCUUCACCACCAUGAUUGGUUUUCUGCCCAAUGGGAGGGUGAAACAUUUUCUCAGUGAGAAAGUGCACCUGAUGUGUUACCGUAUUUGUGUGAGAGCACUGACUGCUAUCAUCACAUACCAUCACAGUGAAAAUAAACCCAAGAAUGGAGGCAUCUGUGUCGCCAACCACACGUCACCCAUUGACGUCAUUAUACUGGCCAGUGACGGCUGCUAUGCAAUGGUGGGUCAGAUCCAUGGGGGCCUGAUGGGGCUCAUUCAGAAGUCUAUGGUAAAAGCUUGUCCGCACAUUUGGUUCGAGCGCUCAGAAGUCAAAGAUCGCCAUCUAGUGGCUAAAAGGUUGAGCGAUCACGUAAAAGACAAAAGCAAACUGCCCAUCCUCAUAUUCCCCGAAGGUACAUGCAUUAAUAAUACAUCAGUCAUGAUGUUCAAGAAAGGAAGCUUUGAAAUUGCCUCAACUGUCUACCCCGUCGCCAUAAAGUAUGACCCUCGGUUUGGGGAUGCCUUCUGGAACAGCAGUAAGUUUGGGAUGGUGAAUUAUCUGCUCAGGAUGAUGAGUAGCUGGGCCAUCGUCUGCAGCGUGUGGUACCUGCCUCCGAUGAGCCGUCAGGAAGGUGAGGAUGCAGUGCAGUUUGCUAACAGAGUAAAGGCAGCCAUUGCCAGACAGGGUGGUCUGGUGGACCUGCUGUGGGACGGUGGGUUGAAACGAGGAAAAGUGAAAGACACUUUCAAAGAGGAGCAACAAAAACUCUACAGCAAGAUUUUGGUUGGAACGCAAGAGAACCGCAGUCGUUCUUGAGGAGAGGAAGAUGAAUCAGUGUUUUUGCAGUUCAUCAUCAGUUCAGUAUCCUCCUGGGAUCCAGCAGUUCAUCUGUAGAUAGCAUGUGUUUACAGUCAAGUCUAAACAUGUCCUCUUGAAGACUUAAAACUGAUCUGGCCAUGACAAAUUCCUCUCACUGUUUUUAAAAAUGUCUAAUAUCACAAAAACAUCUACUUCAGCAGAAUAAAUAUUGUAUUGAAAUUAUUUAUAGGUCAAAAAAAA